CUCGAACAAAGAACUGAUCGGAGCGCUCAAGUAUUUUGUGAAGUUUACAGCGCCCUUAAGUAGUGAAUUUUGUAAAAACAGGGUGUAAAGCUGUCCAUAAAAAAACCUGAUAACACAGCUGUCGUACGAGCUUCAGUUUACUUCGUUCAAGACUUCAAAUUAAACGAAGUGUAACAAUUUCUUGUAUACUACAUACAUAUAAGAUAUAUUGAGCGAGUCGCCACGUCAUCACACAGUACUGAAUUUGAAUGUCAAUUUGUCACUUAACCAAUAAUUUUACAUCAUUGGCUUGAAGUGCCGAUCUCAAUGUACCAAGGAAAAUAAAUACGGUUUCAAAACGUCGAGACAUGUGCAACUGCUACGAAGUACUUUCAGAUGGAUGACAGGUAGUACAAGUAUGGAUCAGAGUAAGAAAGCUAAGGGGUCUGGUAGUGAAUCCAGCCCCGGAAAUGAAGCUGAAAGUUCACAUUCAAUAGAGGUAGAUAACUCAAGGUCAGUCCUACUCAAAAUAGCUACCCUGUAUGCAGAACGCCUCAUGAAUGAUAUCUGCCUUGUAGUAGAUGGUGUAGAGUAUCCAGCACACCGCCUUAUUCUUUGCGCUUCUAGUGAUGUUUUUCAAGUGAUGUUAAUGAGUCCUCAAUGGAGCGAGUCUCAGGAAAGCAGGGUAACGCUACAAGAAACACCACAAUGUGCAGCCAUAUUCAGUGAAUUUCUACGUUACUUCUACACUGGACAGAUAAGAAUUAAUUAUGGUGUAGUACUACCAAUUUUAUCCUUAGCCGACAAGUACAAUGUCAAAGAUUUAAUUUCAUUAUGCAUCAAUUACAUGCAAAGUCAUAUUGCAGUAGCAGCCACACAUGGGACUCUAGUAUCGUGGCUAGAGUACACCUUAAACUGUGGCCAUCAUGAUAUUACACAAAUGUGUCAGAACUUUGUUAAGUGGAAUUUUGAACUUGUAGCAAAGACUCCUGACUUCGGUAAUUUUGAAUUGGACGUUCUCGUAUCCUUAUUACACCAGAGUAGCUUAGUGAUCAAAGACGAGAUGACAUUGUACGAAUGUCUGGAGUCAUGGUUGGAUCUUCAAGUGAAUCGCUUGAGAACCCAAUUAUCACCAGCAGAAUUAGAAGCGACAUUAGAACAGUUAGUAAUUGCAAUAAUGACACCCGUUAGAUUUCCCAUGAUGUCUCCUCGACAAUUAGCAGAGUUACUUUUAUCACCAUUAACAAAAAAAUAUAAAGAGUUCUUUGUCGAUCGAAUGGCUAUUGGAAUGUAUUUCCACUCAGGUCAGCACGAAAGAGUAAAAGAAGUCAUUAGAAAUGAAGAGGAUAGUGCUUUGCUCUUUGAACCAAGACUCUACACAGUGGAUACAUGUAGUUCUCUGCUGACCAUUGAAAAUUUUCAUAGCCUACCAUCAUAUCACACCAGAACCCUGGUAUUCUCGAGUCACUCCUAUCUAGCAGAGUAUGCAGGUGACCGAGCUUGUGAAUGGGUCGUAGACAUUUACCCUAAGGGUGUCUGGUUCAAAAAGUUCUACCUCAUAGUAUGGCAGGGUACGGUUGAGGUACCAGAACGCGUGAUACGCUCAGUCAGGUUGUCAUUGACAUGUAGGGAACCACCACAGAAUCGUGAAUCUGAUAUGAGGGUGAAGGUGGGUGUCUUGUUCUAUGGACUUCAGGAUGGUGUUGAGCAUAUUGCCAGGGUAACUGAAGUGAUACAUCGAUUUAGUGCGGAUGACCGUGUCCUGAACUUAGACGAUUUGUUGCCGUUUGAGGAACUCAAUCCCCAACAGGGUUCUGUUCCUUCUGGGACUGCUAUCUCACCACUUCUUGUAGGUCCCAAUAAAGACAUGCUCAAAUUGCACAUUGUUAUCUCACCAGCUGAUUAAAAUCAAUUUGAUAUUAAUGAACAUUAGAUCUUCGCGUAAUUGAAUUAUGGUGCUUUUUAAUUCGUGGUCAACAAUCAAUAUGUAAGAUACAGUAGACACGAUGAACAAAGAUUCUGACAUACAUGGGUUAAUAUAAAGAGAAAUGGCACUUUAUUUAUUUUCAUUCAAUUGUACUUGAAAAAUACAAUAGGGCAAGAUAAAGUAUGGUAUCUUAUAUUACAAAAACGUCAGGUGCAAGGAGUGUAGGUAUCAAUUGAAUUGCGUGUUUCAUAUUGAAUAAUGAAAAGUCAAGUAUAUUUAGCAUAGCUUUUUCCAAACGUACACCUGUAAGGCGAAAUAAUGUCUCAGUAUAGAAAAAGAAAUAUUUUCCGUUUGUUUACUUCUAAAUAAAAUUCUAAAUAGCUACUUAAGGUAGGGAAAGAAAUUUGCACAGUGACAGUGUAUCUUAGUAUAUGUAGAUUUUGUGAAGAUAUUGGAUAAUAAGAAUUAUUAAGAGUUUACAAAUUUUAUUUAUGAUAAAUUCAUAAAAUAUUUAAAGUUAUUCUACUAAAAUUCCAUAAAAUUGGAAAAUAACUGACAAUAUGCAUAUUUAUUAUACUAGUUCGUUAUCAAACAUUGCAUAAAAACAUCAGAUUACAACCUAUAUAUUUGAACAAAUCACCAUUAUUCUUAGAUUUUUCAUAUAGCAUACUGUCACAGUGGGCGAAAAGAUACUGCAAAACUAUAAUUGGGAAUUGUAUUAAAAAACAAGGAUUUAUAUAUUUAAAGAUAUAAGGACAACAACUUUAUGAAUUAAUUUAUACGUUAGAAGAUAUUAACAUUUGUUUCUUGUUUUUUCGAGCUGAAAUAGCUUCUCUAUAAGAAAUAUCGUUUCGUAAUGACAUGUCACGAGCACUGUGCAGUGCCGUAAAAAUAAACUCCAUAAUCAUAAGAAUUGUGUACCUUGAAAGUGAAUGGUGCGAUAAGAGAAGGGAUUCCCUGAUAUCAGACUGACACAAGUAUAAUUGCGAUAACAUAUCGUCACACUGUAGCGUCUGACAUAAUCGCAAAAGAAUAAGUACACACAUUUUAAAUUGCAAAAAUAUUAUGUAUCACCUAAUUGUUUUAAUUUGACCAAUUGUUCCUUCUCGAACUAAUCUUGUCACUUAGUGAUAUAGAUUUAUGAUAAAAAUAUUGCUAUUAUUGUACUGCCAGUAAUAAAAAGAAAUUGUAUUUGUUAUA